AUGGAGAAUGCGCAGGGUUCGGACUGGGACAUCAAUCCGCGCCUGGAAGCGUACAUCCCCCCGCCGCCUAGGACGAUGGAGGAGAUUCGACGUGAGGCAGACGAGGCCUUCGACCAGUGGAACCCGAACUGGGAUGCUCAACGUGCACGCGAGGAGGCAGAGCUUUCGUCGGACUCUAUCCACUUUGGCUACAUCCCUCCUUGGCUGCUAGGCAACCUGGUCGAUACGUCUUUCAGUGGUCUUUCGGACGUCUCCUCGUCAUGGUCUAUAGCUAGAGAGGACGCUCCCACGAACGGACCCAUAGAGAAUGCCACUAGCUCUAGUAGGCCGGCUGAGGUGCGUCCGGAGGCGUGCACCCAUCCAGGCGAUGACUUUGCGGCACAUCUUCCUGCUGUUGACGGCACGCAGGGCACAUAG